CGCACGGAGAUGACGUCAUAUCCCGCCUCACGGUUGCCGUUCUCCUUGCUCCGUAAGGUCGUUCCCCGGCCAGAGAGGCGGGGCCAGGCAGAGUGAGUGGAAGCCCCUCAAGAUGUCAGGUUUGGAGCGCGGGGGUGCGCCCCGGUCGGUGAUGGGGUACACGCCGGACGAGAAGCUGCGGCUCCAGCAGCUGCGGGAGCUCCGUCGCCGUUGGCUUAAAGACCAGGAGUUGAGCCCGCGGGAGCCGGUCUUGCCCCCGCGUAAGCUUGGGCUGGUGGAAGGUUUCUGGGAGCGUUUCCUGCAGCCUGGUGGGCUCUGGAGGAAGCAGGUAUUCAAAACCUACAACGCUGGAGUAUAUCUUUUUGUUCGGGUACUUAUUCCAUUUUGGCUUUGCCAUUAUUACGCCAAGUAUCAUCUAGCGCAUCAGCCAUAUGGAUUUAUCAUGUCGAAGCCCAAGAUAUUCCCAGGUGACACAGUUCUGGAAACGGGUGAAGUAGUUCCCCCAAUGGAAAUACCAAGCAGUCAUCAUUAAGACACUCAAGAACUUGGGAAACCACAGACAUCUGUUUUGCUUCAGAAUAUACGUAAUCUAACAAUAAAAGUGACUUCAGGAUUA